GCUACAAUUUACCCUGGGGAAUACCAAUACCAAGGAAUAUAAAUUAUGCUGAGAGAACUUGACUUACCAUACCAUUUGCUUCAAUUUACCCUUGAAAACUGAAGUGCCAAAGGACAACAUGGCAACCGCAGACUCCGGCUACUUCCUCACCCCACCCCUCCUCUCCAACCCCUUUUCCUCAGACCCCGUCUACCAACGAAUCCUAUCGUCCUAUCUCCCCCCAGAAAUCCUAUCACAGAUCCAACCCAGUCUAUACCGCUUCGCUGCGGAAGCCAUUUCGGAAAGUGUGCACGACUUGGUACGCAAUGCCGAGUCGCAGCAGCCGUUCGUCAAGACCCGGAAUGUGUGGGGUUAUCGGCCCGAGAGAGAUCGGCUGGUUACAUCUGAUGGGUGGAAACAGCUCGGGAAGUGGGGGCUAUCAAAUGGGGUUGUUGCGCAUGGGUAUGAGGAUGAGUUUGGAGAGCAUCGUAGGGUUGUGCAGCAUGCUUUCAAUUAUAUCUAUUCUGCCUCGUCGGCUGCGUACUCUUGUCCUGUGUCUAUGACAUCUGGAGCUUGUCGUUUGGUCCGGUUUCAAUUGGACUCGGUGCCCGCAGAUCACCCGUUUCAUGAGCUGUAUGCUAAACUUACGGCUCGAGAGAAUUCUUGGGUUUCUGCCCAGUGGAUGACCGAACGAGCUGGCGGGAGCGAUGUGCGCAACAGCGAAACAGUCGCCGUUUAUUCCCCUCUCCCCACAAAAACUGGCCGCUUCGGUCUCAUCGAUGAGGGCGAUUACCUGCUCUCUGGAUUCAAGUUCUUCUCCAGCGCGACUGACUGCAACGUCGCAUUUAUCCUGGCCAAGACAGAAUCGGGACAGCUUUCGCUAUUCGUCGCUCCCACGGUCAAAACCGUCCGCGGAGAAGAUGGACGUGAGAAAGAAGUUACGAAUGGAAUUCGCAUUCAUCGGCUGAAGCAGAAGUUCGGUACUAAGGAACUCCCCACGGCUGAACUGGAGCUAAAGGGUGUUCGUGCACAUAUGGUCGGACCCAAAGACCGCGGCAUCGCGACUAUCGCGAUGUUGUUGAACGUGACGAGAACGCACAACUUCAUCACUGCUCUGUCAUGUUUGCGUCGCGCGAUUGAAAUCUCCAAGUGCUUCGCCAGGUCGCGGAAGACGCUUGACCAGCCGCUUUGGACGUUCCCGAUGCAUCUCAACACGCUGGCGCAAUUGGAGGUGAAACAUCGGGGAUGGAUGCAGUUGGCCUUUUUCACUACCUCGUUGUUGAGCUAUGGCGAUUAUGGGUUCCCGUCUUCCGUGCCCGGUCACUAUGCGUUGCUUGCGAAGUCUCCAAAGUUGACUACCCUGGUCCUUAGAGCGUUGACAUCGACUGCUAAGGCUGUGAUCUGCAAGUCAGCGACUUUGGCAUUCCAGGAGUGCCAGGAGGCUAUGGGAGGUGUUGGAUAUAUGGAUGAACCGGAAGAGCCAGAGUCCAACGUGAGCCGGCUCUGGAGAGACACUGCCAGUAACUCCGUCUGGGAAGGAACCACCAAUGUCCUCGCAAGCGAGACCGUUCGACACCUUACCCGCGGCGAGAACCUGAAGGCUUUUGGCACCUGGAUCCAUGACGCAGUUUUCAACCUUUACGAUCCGUACAAAUGCACCCUGCUGAGCGCUUGGGAGGCGUUGUAUGCGAAGCUGGAUGUCGCCGCGACUCCAGGUGGCCUGGCAACAGCUCUGGCAGAAGGACGGCAAAUUAUGUUUACACUUGCCUGGCUCAUUAGCUGUAUUCUACUUGCUGCUGAUGCGGAGAGGGAUGGUGAUGAGACCGCCCAUGAAGUUGCGAGAAGAUGGAUCUUGGAGGGUGAAGGCUUCCCGGAUGAAUUUGCGUUCCCGGCUAUUACUCAUACGUAUUGGAAAUUAACUCCCGAGGAGGCAGCCAAGAAUGAGCGUGAUGCUUGGAGGACUAACUGGGAUUGCCGUAUUGUGUGGGGAGUUGAUCUUCCUGAGGAUGCGGCGUCUGGAUACCGGCCGAUGGCGAAGAUCUAGACCUAGACAGUAUACCGGAAUUAGUUACAUGCAUGGUUUUUUUUGGUACAUAUAAACUCAAUGCCGU